CUGUAAUGACGGAACAGCUGUAAUGACGCGUUGACUUGGUCUCCAACUCGGCAAUAUCCCAAUUACAUCAUUUUCUUGUCUGAUCAAAAUCGACUGAAAUCGUGCAAUCUUUCCGCGACAAUGGCGAUUCUGUACAGAAGGAUCGUCUUCCUUCUCUUUGUUUUCCUUCUAUCUUCUUUAUUCUCCGUCUCCGUAUCUCUCUCUUUCUCUCCUGCCGAUGAGUACCUCGUCAACUGUGGCUCAGACGUUGACUCCACCGUCGAUAACCGCCGCUUCGUCGCCGACGCAUCAUCGGCGUCGAAAUUGAAAUUCUUCUCAUCCGAAGGAUCAGUGGCUCUCCAGGGUGAAGAUCUAGCUCCGAAUGUUCCCGAGAUCUACCGGACAGCUAGGAUUUUCGCGCGACAGGCGAAAUACGAGUUCAAUGUCCGCGACAAAGGGACUCAUAUGGACGAGUUCUCGUCUGAAUUCGGGUCUAGGGUUAGGGAAUUCCUGGUUUGGGUCGAUGCCGGAGAGGUCGUGAUCAGGUUUGUACCUAGUAAAGAUUCGAAAUUAGCAUUCGUUAACGCAAUCGAAGUUAUCUCUGCGCCUAAGGAUUUGAUCGCUGACGUUGCAACCUCUGUGUCCGAUGAUGGAACUGAGAAGCUGAAUGGUUUAGCUAAGCAAGCCAUGGAAGUGGUCUACAGAAUCAAUGUUGGCGGUAGAAAAGUAACUCCUUUCAAUGACACCUUGUGGAGAACUUGGGUCCCUGAUGAUGAAUUCCUCAAAACCGGUGACGGGUCUGACAAAACAUACUUCACCGGUAGGAUUAAGUACAGAGCCGGAGGGGCGAGCCGGGAAGUUGGUCCUGAUAACGUCUACAACACCGCCCGUGUGGCCAGAAGAAGCAGCGGUUCGGUUCCUCAGGUCGAUAUGAGCUGGGAUUUCCCGGUGAGCGCCGGUUACAAAUAUCUAGUCCGGAUGCAUUUCUGUGACAUAGCUAGCAAGUCACUCGGUAUGCUGUAUUUCAACGUCUACAUCAACGGGAACUUGGCCUAUCAAGACUUCGAUAUCUCGUACUCGGCGGGUUACGUCCUUGCUUCCCCUUAUUACAUUGAUUUCGUGGUGGAUCCUUCUUCGGCGUCAUCGAUUACCCUAAGUGUUGGACCAUCGAACAAGACUAUCGUUGAUGAACACGUAGUUGAUGCGAUGUUGAACGGUGUUGAGAUCAUGAAGAUGAACAACUCGAUGGGCAGUCUUGAUGGGUUUGUUUCGGAAGAUAUGAUUCUGAGUUCCUGCCCAAACAGGAGAAACCUGAGCAUCUUUAUCGCAAUGAUGGCGUUUAUGUGUAUAUUUAUGAGCUUUUACAUUGUGGCUCAGAGGAAGAAAGUUGGGGAUGACUAUGGCUGGACCAAGCUGUCCAUGGACGUCCGUGGAGAUAAUCUCAAGUCUGGGAAUCAAUUUGCAGCAAGAAAGCCU